UAGGCUGGUUUAGUCUUGCCGCGUUUUCGCCAUGAGUCGCGUUCCAAUCGGUGGCAUGUCCCUGUUGCUGGUCCUUUUGGUGGCCAUAUCGGCCACCCAGGCGGCCGUGGUGCGCACCUUCCCGCCCUUCGAGCAGCUCCAGAGCCUGGAGAAUCCCAACCUGCGCGCGGUGGUCCCCUUCGCCGAUGAGGAUAACUACCGACUGCCCAACGACACGAUCCCCAGCCAUUAUGCCGUGACCCUGACCACAAAUGUGCACACUGGAGAAACUGCUUUUAGUGGCACCGUGGCGAUUACCCUGGACGUGGUCGUGGCCACCACCAAGAUUGUGGUUCAUGCCCGCCAGCUGGAAAACUACACGGCCACCAUUAUUCAGCAGGGUGUCGCGAAUGCCGUGGCCCAGGAAUUGGAGUUCGAGUACGAGGCUGCCCGCGAGUUCCUCACCUUCAGCAAGACGGGUCUCACCUUUGCGGCCAACACCAAGUGGAUUCUGACCAUCAACUACCAGGGUCAUCUGCGCACGGACAACGGCGGCUUCUACCUGUCCACCUACACAGACGAGGCGGGCAAGACCAAGUACCUGGCCACCACCCAGUUCGAGAGCACCGACGCCCGCCACGCCUUCCCCUGCUACGACGAACCCUCGAAGAGGGCCGAGUUCACCAUCACCAUCAAGCACGAUCCCUCUUACAAUGCCAUCAGCAACAUGCCCGUGGACGAGGCUGCCUCCAGCUCUGGGGUCACUGCCUUCAAGAAGACCGUGAACAUGCCCUCUUACCUGGUGGCCUUCAUCGUCUCCGAGUUUGUCUACUCGGAGGGCGAACUGAAUGGUCUGCCACAGCGCGUGUUCUCCCGCAAAGGAACCGAAAACGAACAGGAGUGGGCCCUGACCACCGGAAUGCUGGUGGAGAAGCGCCUGUCCGACUACUUUGGAGUGCCCUUCGCUCUGCCCAAGCUGGAUCAGGCUGGAAUUCCGGACUUUGCCGCCGGGGCCAUGGAGAACUGGGGCCUGGCCACCUAUCGUGAGGAGUACCUGCUGUACAACCCAGUGAACUCGACCAUUAGCACGCAGACCAACAUUGCCACUAUUGAGGCUCACGAGGAUGCCCAUAUGUGGUUCGGCGAUCUGGUGGCCAUCGAAUGGUGGAGUUACCUGUGGCUCAAGGAGGGUUUCGCCACUCUCUUCGAGAACCUCGCUGUCGAUUUGGCCUAUCCCGAGUGGGACAUUUUCCAGACCUUCCAUGCUGGCUCCUACCAGAGUGCUCUGGUCAAUGAUGCCAGUUCCAAUGCCCGUCCCAUGACCCACUUCGUCCAGAAGCCCUCUGAGAUUGCCCUGCUGUAUGACUCCGUUUCUUAUGCCAAGGCUGGAUCCGUUCUGGACAUGUGGCGUCAUGCCCUUACCAACACCGUUUUCCAGCGUGGUCUGCAUAACUAUCUGACCGAUAAUCAAUUCACUGCCGCCAAUCCCACUAAGCUUUUCGAGGCCAUUGCCAAGGCCGCCAUGGAGGAAAACUACCCCGUGCCCGCCACUGUGGCCAAUAUGAUGGGAAGCUGGUCCAACCAGGGUGGAGUGCCCCUGCUGACGGUGACCCGUAACUACAAUGAUGGCUCCUUCACCAUCAAGCAGUCGACGUACACCAAUAACAAGGACUACACCGACGACAAGCUGUGGUAUGUCCCCGUCAACUAUGCCGACUUUUCGAAUCCCGAUUUCCGCAACACUGAGGCCACCCACUAUCUGCUGAACCAAACCGAGCUGACCAUCGAGUCCCAGUUGGACAGCAGCAACUGGCUGAUUCUGAACAAGAAAUCCACUGGCUACUACCGCGUCAACUACGAUACCGAAAACUGGCGACUGAUCAUCGGUGGAAUGACCACUCGUCCCCACAAGAUCGAUCCCAGGAAUAGAGCUCAGUUGAUCAACGAUCUGUAUAGGUUCACCACCAGUGGCCGUGUGCCCCAUGCCACUUUGCUGGAGCUGCUGACCUACCUGCCCCAGGAGGAUCAGUACUCCCCUUGGUCGGCUGCCAAUACGGUGAUCACUCUGUUCAAUCGCUAUUUGAGCGGAGAUGCGGACUACGCCAAUUUCCAGUUCUAUGUGCGUGCGUUGGUGAGCCAGCAGUACGACAAGUUCGGAGUGAACGAUCUGAGUGGGGAACAGCAUCUGGUGAAGUACACCCGAAACCUGCUGAUCAACAUUGCCUGUCUGGCUGGCCUGGAGAGCUGUUUGACCGAGACCAAGGCCAAGCUGACAGCCCUGGUGGAGGAUGGCACCGUGAUUGAGCCCAAUCUGCAGUCGCAGGUGUACUGCAAUGCCCUGAAACAGUCCGACGACAAGAACUUUGACUUUGUGUAUAACAAGCUGAUGAACUCCAACGACCAGGCCGAGCGUCGUCUGCUGAUCUCCGCCCUGGGCUGCUCCCAGAACACGGCCCAGCUGGAUAAGUUCGUGUCCAGCAGCAUUGAUGAGACCAAUGGCCUGAGGGUGCAGGAGAGGAUCACCCUGCUCAGUCCGGCAUAUUCCCGCGGCGAGGUGGGUCUGCUGGCCUCCGUGGACUUCCUGCAGAAGAACUGGGAGGCGUACGGCAAACUGAACACCGGUUUCGGUGGCGUUAACCCACUGUACAGCGACAUUGUGGGCAUCUCCGCCUAUGUGGUCAACACCAAGCAGAAGGAGGAGCUGCAGAAGCUGGUGGACACCGUCAAGGGGUCCGAGUAUGUGCCCACCACGCUGCAGGCCAGCGUGGAUGCCAAUGUCAAUGCCAACAACGCCUGGCUGGAGGCCAACCGGGAUCCCCUGAUGUCCUGGGUCGACAGUUUCCGCAGCGGCAGCUCCGCCCUGAACGCCUCUCUUUUGGCCCUCUUGGCCUGCCUUCUGGCCGCCAAGCUGUUCUAAAACGUAGAUCCCUAAGUUAGUCAUAGAUUUGCACUCGUGCGCCAAUAAAUUUGAACUAAUUCCCUA